AUGGUUGUAGCGGCUGGCCCUAUCACAGGGCAGAAGAGCCCUCUUGGCGAAGAGGACGAGAGGGGAACUCUCCCCAAUGAUGCGAUCGGGCUACUUUUGGCGCUAACGUUCAGCCCUCGUUUGGACACUCCACUUUUGCGACCCACUGCGGUCCUCGACGGGCCGGAAACCUUCAGUAAACAAGAACGUCAAAAGGGCCUAGGAUCUUCGACAGCUCUGCACGGAUCUUCUCUCCACGGUCAGGCCAUCCAUGGUUCGAACUGA